AUUUUUUUUUGCUAUUAAAUUGCCAUUUAAAUCAUUAUUUUAUUUAUUUAGGGGAUGUUACUCCAACACUCUCUCUUUCAUCCACGAGAAGCCAAGAAUCACAAUCGGCUCCCAAGUUCGCCUCUGCUACGCCGUCUACCACCCUCUCUAUCCUUCUGUAACCCCUGGAUCAGUUGAAGUAACCAUAGAUGGAACAAGAAUCAGGAGGAUCCAUGGUUCAGGAUGGGAGCAAUUUUGAGUCUAACUCAGAGAGUUUAGAUUGCAUAGGAAAGGUGAGAAAGCUGCUGUUUCGUCGAAUGCUCAUAGGUAUUAAAGAUGGAAGGUUUUUCUUGGGCAACUUUUACUGCAUUGACAAGCAAGGAAAUAUCAUCCUUCAAGAUGCAGUAGAGUAUCGUAGCACUCGGCGUAGCUCACCUUCUCCGAUGGAACAACGGUGCCUUGGUCUUAUUCUUAUACCCAACUCUUGCCGUGUAUCUUGUCAUGUAGAUAGUACCAUCGAUGAACAAUUGGCAUUGCUAUCAGUUUAGCAAAUAUAAGAUCAAGCCUGAGAUUAAGAGGGGAUGAAAAAAUCUGCACGCUUUUUUGAUGAAUUUGACUGUUUCUAUUGUUACAGAAAAAUCCUAAAACAAUGUGAUGUUUUUAGUGGAAUUAUGGGAUUAGGAAAUACGAUUUGUUUCUCUUA